GGUUUUUGACUAUUUAUAGACAAAAAGAGAGAGAGUGAGAGAGAGAGAUUUGGGAAGAGAAAGUGAAAUUAGGGUUUUUCUCUAUCUAGAAAAAGAGUGUGUAAGCAGAAAUGGAAGUAAUCACGGAGGCUGUUAACAACUUAAACAUAGCAGGAGCAACAACAGAUUCAGCCAAUAACAAGAAGAACCGAAUCCAAGUUUCUAACACCAAAAAACCUCUUUUCUUCUACGUUAAUCUCGCCAAGAGGUACAUGCAACAGCACAAUGAAGUGGAGCUCUCUGCUCUUGGGAUGGCUAUAGCCACUGUUGUUACCAUUGCUGAGAUCUUGAAGAACAAUGGACUUGCUGUUGAGAAAAAGAUAAUGACUUCCACAGUUGACAUGAGGGAAGAAACAGGAGGGCGUCCUGUUCCAAAAGCAAAGAUUGAAAUAUUGCUAGGGAAGACAGAAAAGUUUGAUGAGUUGAUGGCUGCUGCUGCUGCAGAGGAAGCCGCGGAGGCAGAGGAGCAGAACUGAACUUGAAAGGAUGAAUUUAGCUUGUUCUCUUGAGUUCCUUUAUUAUGGACACCUGUAAACUGCCUAUCUUAGAUUGGAAUUAUUAAGUUUAGUAGCUGUGAUGAUAUUUCUUCUAGGAGUUUUUGUAAUAACACUGCAUUUGCAAAUUCAAAUUUGUUUCCAAGUUAUAUCCCUGGUAGAGCA